AUGGAUACCCAAGGAAAAACAAUCACAUGUCAGGCAGCCAUUGCCUGGGGAAAAAAUUCCAUUUCAAUUGAAGAAGUUCAAGUGGAGCCACCAAAAACUGGAGAAGUUCGUAUUAAGUUGAUAUCUUCGGGGAUCUGUGGUACUGAUGAUCACGUGCUGAAAGGAGAACUCCCAAUGAAGUUCCCUUUAGUUCCAGGCCAUGAAGGAGCUGGGAUUGUGGAGAGUAUCGGUAAUGGAGUGAGCUCUGUAAAGCCAGGAGACAAAGUCCUCACACUGAUUAUUCCACAGUGUGGCGAAUGCAGCUUCUGUUUGCACCCCAAAGGAAACUUCUGUGAUAAGCAAGAUGUUCUGCCUUGUUCUGGGUUGAUGCUGGAUGGGACCAGCAGAUUCAGCUGCAAAGGAGAGAAGAUUUAUCACUCUUUCCGAGUAAGCACAUUCACUGAAUAUACUGUGGUGCCUGAGAUCGCAGUGGCAAAAAUUGAUGCUGCUUCACCUAUGGAUAAAGUUUGUCUCAUAAGCUGUGGAGUACCAACAGGCUAUGGGGCUGCUGUUCGGUCAGCCAAGGUCACCCCUGGGUCCACCUGUGUGGUGUAUGGACUUGGAGGAGUUGGCUCAGCCAUUGUCAUGGGCUGCAAAGCCUCUGGUGCAUCUAGGAUCAUCGGCGUGGACAUCAAUGAAGAGAAGUUUCCCCGGGCAAGAGCCUUAGGGGUCACUGAUUGUCUCAACCCACGGGCCCUCCAGAAACCUGUCCAGGAGGUAGUGAUGGAAAUGACUGGCAUUGGUGUUGAUUUUGCCUUUGAAGCCAUUGGACAUAUUGAAACCAUGGUAUCUGCUUGGAACUCCUGCAACAACAGCUAUGGUGUCUGUGUGAUCAUUGGGGUGGCCUCACCAGAUUCAAAGCUUUGCCUGGAGGCAAUCAAGAUUAUCACUGGAAAAACACUGAAAGGUGUCUGCUUAGGAGAUUAUAAAACCAGAGACUGUAUUCCUCAAAUAGUGUCUGACUACCUGCAAAAUAAAAUUAAUAUAGAUCCUCUGGUAACUCAUCAGCUGCCUUUUAAACAGCUCCACAAAGCCUUGGAGUUAUACCACGCUGGAAAAACGAUCCGCUGUGUUCUCCUUUUCUGA